AUGUUCGAAAAUAAAGACGCCCGUUGGUCAGCCGAGCAAUUGUCCUGUACCAUCAUGCAAUCAAAAGCUUGUCGUCAUUCAAAAAGCGACCGCGACACUGUUCACAGAGGAUCCGAAAGAGAAGUGCUUGUUCUUGCCAUAGGAUGGCCUUUGGUAGUCUAUGCGCAAAGCUAUCCCGAAGUUCUUUGUUAUCGCAACUGGUACUUCGAUCGAUCUCGUCCAGCUCCUCGAAGAUGUCCAUCAUCCGAUUUCUUUACCUACUAUGAAUGCUGUCAGCCAGGAUUGGAUACAUGUUGUCGUCGGAUACGUCUUGAACCCUUCAUCUUCCUAACGAUCAUUCUACUCAUUCUGCUGUUUUGUUGUUGCUGUUUAUGUCUUGGCAUAUGUUGCAAACGACGGAAAGACAAGAAGCAAGUGAAGGAGCCGUCAGACAUAAGUCAAGAUGAACGAGAAUGUCGUGUAACGACCAUAUAUUGA